UCCCUUUUCGGCAAACUAAGGCCUUCCAUCUCUCAACAGCAGGGCACUGUUUACAACGUGAAACCACCGGAGGGGAGAGUCACCAUCCACAGAAACACCAUGGGAAUAGAGGACGAAGCGGACAGGACGCUGUUCAUCAGAAACCUGGACCAGAGAGUGACGGAGGAGCUUUUGUUCGAGCUCUUUUUACAGGCAGGACCUCUCAUCAGAACUAAGAUCCCGAAAGAUCUGGAUGGGAAACAGAAAACAUUUGGUUUCGCCUUGUACAAACACGAGGUGUCUGUGCCGUAUGCCAUGGAGCUCCUCAACGGGACCUCGCUGUUUGGCAGAACUCUUCAUGUGCAGUUCAGAUCAGGAAGCAGUCAUAGCAGCAGUGCAGGGGCCACGCAAAAUUCAGGUUCUGCAAAUACUCCAAACCCCCACAGACAGAGGACGCCGAACCUCUUCAAUUCUCCACCAUAUACUCCUCCGCCCCAGACGCAGAGACUCUUUUCACCUCCUGAUAAUCUGCAGAAACAUGCCAUGAUGAAUAACAUGAUGUGGCAGCUCGAGCAGUUGAACUCCGGCUUCUCCAAGCCUCUGCAGAGGCAGCCGUCCUCAGGUGGAAACUCGAGACAACAGGACAACAGCCCCUAUCGGCAUCAUCCGACCAACGCCAGCAGUGGUGGCAGAAACCAGCGCUACGGGGACGAAUCAGGUUCUGGGCGUUACCAGCCAUACACCCACAUCCGGGACAACCAUCACCAGCAGGGCGACAGGAGCAGCAACCGUCACCAUGAAGGCAGAGGCGGAAACAGACAUUAUGAGGACAGGGGCAGCAACCGCAGCCACCAGGAUGAUAGAUGGCGACGGUACUGAUAAGUACUGAGGAUUCCUGUAAAGACUUCCGUUCUUCACAGAUUUGUGCACAGCUUCCUUAAGAAGAGCAUGAAUUCAGUUGAUAAACUCACAUGUGUACUCAGGUUGUUUUGUACAUGAUCCUACCAGUGGGAAAGAUUUAAUAACUUAUGCCUUAUGGUAAUUUUUGUUUACUUUUUAAGACGUUUUUAAAUUUGUAAACUACUUUCAUGUGAGGUUUUCCUCACACCUGAUGCUAAAUAUUUAGAGGUGAAGAACUGUGUUACCGUCAGAGCAAAGAUAGAAAAAAAUAAUCAAACAUGACMCAUAGUCAUAUUUGGAAUACAAAAGACAUGUUGAAAAAAAAAAAACAAGAUUUAAAGUAUCAGCCAGUUUUUAUGUUAUGCAAAUAGUCUUUGAAUGGUGCUGCCAGAAUUUUAAACUCUUCAGGUAUUUUGCCUCAAAAAGAACAAUGACAGCUAUAGAUUCCACCAGCACCACUUUUUACUGCAAUAUGGCACCAUUCUUUCUUAUUGUUAGAUCACUUGACCUUGCGCUUUAUAAAAAAAAAAUGUCUUUUUUUAUUUUUUAUUUUUAAUUCUGAGUCUGUACGACAAAAUGUUUUACAAUGAACGUUUUCAUUACUAUAAAGCGAUAUCAGUGA